UCUGCCACUACCUUGACGUAGAAUAAUAAGAUAGCAGUAGUGCUGGUACAGGAUGAAGGAGAGAGAGAUGAUGGGUAAUGAGGUUAUUUAGGAAGGAAGUGAAUGGUCAUUUAAUGAAGGAGUACGCGUUAUGGGGGCAACAACAGGAAAGCUGGGAGUGUCAGUACGUGUGGCGUGCAUGACUGAGCAAGUGUAAUGGUGAAUGUUAAUACCUCCAAAAAUCGAAUCAAAAGAAAGUAGGUAAAUAAAGGGAAAAUAUUGUGUUUGGAGAAAGUGGUAAUGUUGGUACUAACGAGGCUGAUGAAAGAUUUCGUAACACGGUAAUAGCUUGGCUUUUACGGUAAUCUUCACUGCGGCUGGGGGGCCUCUGUGGUUUUCACUUCGUGUGUUUGAUUGCAGAAACCGUGAGAACCAGAUCAUUUUCUGACGGGUGAUUUUGGGUUGUUUCUUUAGCUUUUGGUUUUUAUUUUGGUGAUGGUUUUUUCAAACUUCAACGGUGGAAGAAAUCAUACACAAAUGUGCUUUAUUUAAUUUGUAGAAGUUGGAUUUGCGACUUGGAGCUUUAAAGGCCAUAAGAGGGCCUGAUGGUAUGAAUGCUUAAAAAAUAAUGGAAAACAAAGAAACAGAGUGAUCACGAAGAGAGAAAAGAAAUAGUGGGGGAAGUGAGGUGGAGUCAGAUUUGUGCUUGUGGGUGUCGCAAGUCUGAGCAUUAUUUUAAUGUUAGGAGUCUGUUGGCGAUGUCUCCUGGGCUGACUAGGUGCACCCGGACUCCGUGGGCUUUGCCGCCGACCAAGGAAACAGCCUCUUCUUUGCCUCUCUUGGCAUUCAAGAGAGCCUUUUCUUAAAAAAUUGCACAACUCCAUCUUGUGUUCCCUUUAUCUCUUUCUCUCUCUUACUCAGACUCUUUGCCUCGGUUUGCUGUAAAAAAAGAUUCGCUCUCAUACCACCACAAGCAUAUAUCCUUCCCCCCUUUGAGAUCCUUCUUUUCUCUCUUGGAGACCAGGAGCUUGGUUGCAUUGAGAAAUCUGGUCCCCACACCUAGGACUCUUCUUUCUAUUUCUGGGUAUUUUCCCUCGAUUGAAAAGUUGAUUUAUGGGGAUGUGUCGGGGUGACUAGCACUACUCAGUUGAGUUUUGGAGAAGGCUGGUUUGAAGGUAUAAAGGGUGAAGCGGAUCUCUUGCUCUCAAAGAUGAAGUUUAUGAAACUUGGAUCGAAGCCGGAUUCCUUUCAGACUGAUGGGAACGAAUUCAGGUACGCUGCAAGUGAGCUGGCAACAGACAUUGUUCUUAUUGUUGGGGAUGUAAAAUUCUAUCUUCAUAAGUUUCCCCUACUGUCUAAGAGUGCCCGCUUGCAGAAGUUGGUCGCAACCACUAAUGAAGAGAACACAGAUGAAAUUCACAUGUCUAACAUACCUGGUGGUCCAUCUGCCUUUGAGAUAUGUGCCAAGUUUUGUUAUGGCAUGACUGUCACCCUCAAUGCUUACAAUGUUGUUGCAGCUCGAUGUGCAGCCGAGUACCUAGAAAUGAAUGAGACCAUGGAGAGAGGGAACCUCAUUUAUAAGAUUGAUGUCUUUCUUAGCUCUAGUAUUUUCCGCAGCUGGAAAGAUUCGAUCAUUGUUUUGCAGACUACAAAGUUUCUGUCACCCUUAUCUGAGGAGUUGAAGGUGGUCAGCAACUGUAUUGAAUCUAUAGCUACCAAGGCCUGUGUUGAUGUUGCGAAGGUUAACUGGUCUUAUACCUAUAAUCGGAAGAAGCUCCCGGAGGAAAAUGGGAAUGAUUCGAUCUGGAAUGGAGUCAGAAACCGUCCAGUGCCAAAAGACUGGUGGGUUGAGGAUUUGUGCGAGCUUGAAAUUGAUCUAUAUAAGCGUGCUCUAAUGAAUAUUAAAACUAAAGGGAUAGCUUCAAAUGAUGUGAUUGGGGAGGCCUUGAAAGCCUAUGCCUAUAGAAGGUUACCCGGUUUCAGCAAGGGUUUGAUUCAGUCAGGAGAUAUGGUAAAGCAUCGGUCAAUAUUGGACACAAUAGUGUGGCUAUUGCCUGCAGAGAAAGGCAGUGUCACUUGUAGUUUCUUGCUCCAGCUGUUGAAAGCCUCCAUUUUCGUGGACUCAAGAGAGACGGCCAAGGUUGAGCUGAUAGGGAGAAUAGGACAGCAACUGGAGGAGGCUUCUGUAAAUGAUCUUUUGAUCCGAGCAUCAGAAGAGGAAACUACUAUGUUUGAUGUUAGUACAGUACAGAAAAUAGUACAAGAGUUCCUAAUGCAAGAUCAGAAUGCUGAGAUUGAAUCACUCGAAGAAAGCAAUGAGCUUCGUAAGACAAGAAGACCAGCGAUUUUAUCGGAUGCUUCCAAGCUUAUGGUAGCAAAAUUGAUAGAUGGAUACCUUGCUGAAAUCUCUAAGGAUCCCAACCUACCCUUGUCGAUGUUUGUUGAUCUUGCCAAUAUGGUGUCUGGUAUCUGUCGGCCUGCUCACGAUGGGAUUUAUCGUGCCAUUGACAUGUAUCUAAAGGAGCACCCAGGGAUCAGCAAGAGCGAGAGGAAGAGGAUAUGCAAAUUGAUGGACUGCAAGAAGCUUUCAGUUGACGCAUGCAUGCAUGCUGUUCAAAAUGAGAGACUGCCAUUGCGUGUAGUUGUGCAGGUGCUCUUUUUUGAGCAGGUUAGGGCUGCUGCAUCAUCAGGCAACAGCACUCCUGACCUACCAAAAGGCAUCAAGGAUCUAAAUAGCGGCUCUCAUGGGAGCUCGAGAUCAGCAACAACUAACACAGAGGAAGACUGGGAUGCGGUGGCGACAACUGAGGAGCUCAAGGCACUAAAGGGGGAGCUAGCUGCUUUAAGGUUGGCCAAUGGAGUUGGAGGCAGUGAGAGGAAUGACGAUGGUAAAGGUAACGUUGACAAAGCUGCCAUUAACAAAAUGAAAGGGCUGCUCAAGUCAAAGAAAAUCUUUGCCAAACUGUGGUCUGGCAAAGGAGGACAAGGUGACAAUAGUGGGUCAGAUUCAUCAGACAGUCUUGGUUCUGCCAACCCAGAGGAAGUUAAAUCAACACCUUCCCGAAAUAGGAGGCAUUCAGUAUCUUAGAUACAAUUGACAAAAAUAGUGUUGGUGGGUUCUAUUGGGCCUUUUGCUUUCUUAAUGACAUUAGAAAACUUCAACACUAGUGCUUAUCGUCUAAUGUAGCAAAAAUGAAGUGCAUAUAGAUUUUAGACCAGGAGUUCAAAGUUGGUUUUGCUGAGAAA